CUAUGCACACGCCGUAUACCCCGUGCGGAGCCAAGUGGCACGGAGUUACUGAAAUUGGAAAUGCGCCCCGACAUUCAGUAGCUCAUUAUCGUGAUCAGUUAUCACUGAUCCGUCCUGGCCAGUUUCUGUGGACACCCUAUGCAGACUGUAUCCUCCCUGAGUACUGCAUUGAUUCGACUGCAUCCUACUUGUGCGAUACUUAUUUGGUGUGCUGGUCAUUUGUCGAGGCACACGAGGCUGGACGCGUUUGUCGACAAUUUAACCGCUACCAGCGUAUUCCUCAGUACUGUGAUAGGAUGCUACAUAGCUCCGGCCAUUUGAGUAAAAGUCAUCGCCGUGGGAGGAAGGGCGCUGAUUGGGCUAAGGUACAUAAGUUCUUCAUUGAUGAAUGGGACUUGCGCCACGACAGGUUCCAAGCAACUUUUGACCACGCAACGGCGACACUAGGUGGUCGCAUUAAUCCGGGUUAUAUGGCGUGGUACAAUAGGAUCACCGUGUCGUACCUAGUUCAACCUGGGACACAGUCAACUGACGGGAUGAACGAGGCAGCCUCUUCUAAUUUAUUGGCGGUUGAGACCCUUCAGGGGAUAUGGCAUUUGACCUCUGAGCAUGACACAGACCCUCGGUUCAUUCAGAUUCGAGACAUGGCUGCUUCGGUUCAAAUCAACCAACGCUCUAAUCGGCAACUCUCUCACACCCCUCAAGACGUUAUUGUAGCACUCCGACAUGUUUGUGGUGGCCACCCCCCACCUAAGUCCACCAUCGUAGCACAGUGA